GUGUUUUCAUUAUAGACGGCUUUUAUUAAACGUGUGUGUCGUUAUGAAUUAUUCAGACGUUAUUGCUGCCAGAUUCUUGACUUUUGACCAAAUGUACAGCUAUGAGAAGCGUUUACAGACGUUUGCAGACUGGCCUUUUCGUGAGGAUUGUCAGUGCACACCUGAGCAGAUGGCCAAGGCAGGUUUUGUGCACUGCCCUAGUGAGAAUGAACCUGAUGUGGCUUGCUGUUUCUACUGCCUCAAAGAGUUGGAAGGCUGGGAGCCAGAAGAUAUUCCCUGGUUUGAGCAUGCUAAACGCUCUCCAGACUGUGGAUUCCUACAGAUGAAAUCCCCUGACGAGCUCACUGCUGUUGACUUUUUCCGUCUUGAACAUGGGCGGAUGGUCAAUUACUUGAGGAAAAUGGCACACAUGAAGAUCGCUUACUUCCGUGACCAAGUGGAUGUCACCAGCAGAAAUCUGAGACUACUUUUUGAGAUCUUCAGGCCACAUGGAGGCAGUGUCAUGCAGGGUUCUUCACUUGACCCGUGCAAUGUGAUGAGGGGGGCACUGAAUCCUAGCAGUAUUUGCUCUGCCUUCCCACAAAUCCUGACCAAAUCCUGCAGGCGCCUAACAGAACUGAAUAAAUGAAACGUUUACCACAUUUUUAGCCAUUUAGCCACACUUUUUUUUUUUUUUUUAAAUUUAUUUAAAAAAAAAAAAAAAAGCCCCCACUCAUCCAAACCUUGACCCUGGGCAGAUGGUCUUAAGCUCCUCCCCCUCAAUACCAACUGUUGCCCAAGCAACAUCUGUCACUUUGGACACUGUGUAUAGGAGAAGACGCAAACACAUCCCAAACUAAUGCUGCAUACUUCUACGUGAAGGUAGAACAUGACAUUUUCCUGGCUAAGGCAGUAUGGCAUUCAAUUUGGUGCAGAGGUUUUUACACAUGCUACAUCUAGUCAUCUCUGUGACCUUUACACAGGACUAUCUUACUAGAUAUCAAUUUUACCUUCAUGUAAUGAGUUUGUUUUUUGCCUUUUUAAAGGUGAAUUAUUCUGAUGGGUUCAGCAUAAACAAAAAAUGCAAAGACAAA